AUGUUCCACUCGGACAAGCUACCUAUGUUUGUUUUCUACAGUUCCGCUGCGUUCGUGAGAUCUGAUCGCGUCAUUCACCAGGCUGAUGUUGUCGGUGUGGAUGACGGAUGGCGACCAUUUAUUCUCUUCUUUUGCCUCAGCUGGUUCCAGAAAAAGGAAAAGAAGCAGGAACCACGGCCAGUCUAUGAUGAUGAACUCGAGGACGACGAAGAGGAAGAAAAUGCUCUUGAUCCAGUCGCCCUGCCUCCUCCCAGGGUCCAGCACGAAGAAAUUGAAUUGAAACCGAUAGCUAGUCAAUCACAGCCAGAAGCAGGACCAUCUCGCCUUGCGGUAACCGACCACUUCGAGGCUCAGUCUUCGUAA